GCAGGUUCAACGGUUAACGGUCAAAACAAACUGCAGCGACAUCUUGAGGCCGUUCCGGUGAACGUCCCACCUCACCAGCCGCUCAUCGCUACGUGUCCCCCGGCUACGUUAAAUCCCGCUCCCUGCUUCCCGUUCUGCCACAGGAACAGGCAGCGGCAAGUCAGCCGUCAAGACAACGGCGGUGCAGCGUAGCAGCUCGGCUCAGACAUGGGGGAAAUCAUUCUGCCACGGCGCAUGUUCCUCUGGUGCAUGGCGGUCAUCUAUCUGACUGCUUUUGUUUCCCUCUACGUGCAGAUCCCAGGUCUCUAUGGUAAUGAGGGGCUGUUGCCUGCUCGUUGGCAGCUGCGAUACAGCGGUAAGACCCUGGGGGAACAGCUGCUGUCCUCUCCCACCCUGCUGUGGCUUGGACCUCGGCUCGGCCUGGACACGCAUACCGCCAUGGAGCUGCUGUGUCUCAUAGGGGCUGCGCUGAGCCUCGCCGCCACGCUGCUGGAGGCUUUUCGAGACAGUGUGGUGUUUUUCUGCCUCUGGGCCUUGUACCUGUCCAUGUACCAGGUGGGCCAGGUUUUCCUCUACUUCCAGUGGGACAACCUGCUUCUAGAGACUGGGUUCCUCUGUAUCCUUGUUGCUCCGCUGACAAUAAUCAGAGGGUCACGAGGGGUCAGAGAGCACGAUCGUGUAACCUUCUGGCUGCUCCGCUGGCUGCUCUUCAGGCUAAUGUUUGCCUCUGGUGUGGUGAAGCUCACAUCACGUUGUCCCACGUGGUGGGGUCUUACAGCUUUGACAUAUCACUAUGAAACUCAGUGUAUUCCAACCCAGCUGGCCUGGUUUGCCCACCAGUUGCCGGUAUGGUGGCAGAAGCUGAGUGUGGUGGGAACCUUUGUCAUAGAGAUCGCCGCACCUUUUCUGUUCUUCAGUCCACUGCGUAGACUCAGACUUGGAGCUUUUUACUUGCAGGUGCUGCUGCAAGUGCUCAUCAUUUUGUCUGGAAACUACAACUUCUUCAACCUGCUGACAAUCACCCUUUGUGUGUCUCUGCUGGAUGAUGAGCAUGUAAACUUCUGGCUACGCAAGGCAGACAAGACCAGCAGCAGUGACUCCAGGCUGUGGUCAUGGCUGAGUUAUCUGCUGGAGCUGGCAGUCUGGUCUCUCAUGAUCUUUGGAACAAUUAUAUGCUUUGACCUACAGCUGGAUACAACAAAGAAGGGCAUCUCCUCCAGGACAGCAUUCACCUACCACCAGUUUAACCAAUUUCUGAAGACUGUAACAAUCCCCUCUAUCUGGAUUGGGGUCCUCUCUCUCACUUGGGAGAUGGUGACAGCCAUGUUCAGGUGUGCGUGUGUCUCUGGUUUCCUGAAGAGGUUUUGUGGUACUGUGCAGUGGACUGUGUUUGCUGCUGCCUCUGCUGCCAUGUUCACUAUCAGUCUGGUGCCAUUCAGCUACAUAGAGUACGACUCUCAUGCCAGGUUGUGGCCAGCAGUACGUAAGUCCUAUGACCUUGUGGAUCGCUACCAGCUGGUCAACUCAUACGGCCUAUUCAGAAGGAUGACAGGCGUCGGGGGGCGGCCAGAAGUUGUCAUCGAGGGAAGCAACGAUGGAGUCACAUGGACGGAGAUUGAGUUUAUGUAUAAGCCAGGAAACAUGAGUGCGCCUCCUCCUGUGGUGACGCCUCACCAGCCCAGGUUGGACUGGCAAAUGUGGUUUGCUGCCCUUGGGACUCACACACAGGCUCCAUGGUUCACCAGCCUGAUGUACAGGCUGCUGCAGGGAAAGAGAGAUGUGAUAGAGUUGAUCCAGACAGAUGUGUCUAAGUAUCCGUUCCAUGAGCAGCCUCCUGCCUACCUCCGAGCCCAUCGCUACAAAUACUGGUUUACUGAAACAAUGGCUGACGGCUCUUACCCACAGCGCUGGUGGAGGAGGGUCUAUGAUGAGGAAUUCUACCCCACAGUUCACCUGGGCAACACUGUCCUGGAGAGUAUGCUCAACCAGUUUGGACUGAAGGACAAAUCACCUCCUCGUCGUAUGUCCAACACUGUUGUUGCCCAGGCAGUGAGAUGGGUGCGCUCUCAGGUCAGAGGUGUUCCCACCCACAUGCUGAUCUGGACCCUCGUCGCCUGCAGCACCACCUUCUGUCUCCUCCAGGGGUUGCGAAACAGGAACAAAGGGACCCUGCUUACUCAUAAGGCAGCUGUGACUGUGAAUGAUCACACAGGAAAAGAAGCUGAUAGCUCUUCAGAUAGUUUUGAAAAGACAGAUGAACAGCAGGCAGCGGAGGAGGAGGAAGAAGAAGGAGGAGGAGGAGGAGGAGGAGGAGAAGAGGACAGUGAAGAUGAGGUGGAGGGGGCUGGAGGAGAGGAGAAGGACACUGUCAGUGAUGAUGCAGAGGGUGAGGAGGAGGAUGAGAUCAAAGUAAGAAAAGAAAAAGAUGAGAGCUGCCGAAAGAGAAAGUUUUGAUUAAGAUGCAGGUAAUGCCGUAAUGACUGUUAUCACCACCUGCCUUUUAUAAAAUCUCACCAAAGAAAUAGUACUUAUAUACUUACUUCUAUAUUUCUAUUUCCCUAUUAGCCACUUACAGAACAAACAUUUUUUGCCUUCUUUCAACUACACCUUAAAGCAGUACAUUGUUCAUAUAUCACUUGUCUGAACCAGUAGCUUAAUCACUUUGGAUCAUGGGAUUUUACUUCAGCAGAUCUUGCCAGGUCUUUAUACAUGUUAAAACCUCUCUUGCUGUUUGUGACUUAUGCUCAACUCUCCAAGUGAAAUAUAGUCAGCAGAUCAAAUCAUGUUGAAUGAAAGUAGAGAGAAAUAUAGAAUUUAAAAUAUAACGGGUUCUGUGUGGUAUCGUGCCACUCGUUUCCUGUUAUUGUUUUGUGUAGUUGCACUUGUAUAGAAAUACAGGUGUGUCUGUAUUAGUGUGUUUGUCGCUGUGGUCACUUGCCUCUGUUGCUGUAUAUACAAAACUAAAACAACUCUGCACUUUUUUUUUCCACAAA